AUUAAUCUUCCCGCCACCAGGAGGUAAACAAACAUGGCUCUGCUCUACCAACCUGCCAAAAAGUUGCUCCAUAGAUCGCUACUUUUACAGAACACCCGCCUCCUGUCACCAAGUUUGAGAUGCACAGGUGUGGCCAAAAACUACACAGCCAUAAAUGCAGGGUGGCACACAUGCGAGGCUGGCGUGAAGAGAGAAAAGGACCCGCCGAUUCACAGUGCCUUCAUCAAGCAGUGCCGAGUUACCCUCAGUGCGGGGGUCGGGUCAAGACAAUGCUGGAAGUGCCAAGGUGAUGUUCCUGCUAACAUGGAGUUCUGCUCCAGCUGUAAGAGUCUACAGCCUUUGGACUCUCAUAGGGACCACUUCAGCAUUCUUGGAAUUAAGAUGAACUUCAACAUUGACACCCAAGCAUUGAUGCGCAGAUUUAAGAAGCUACAAGCUCAGUAUCAUCCUGACAGAUACUCUACAAAACCUGAGAGAGAACAGCAGUUUGCCCAUGACCAUUCAUCAGCUGUCAACAAAGCCUACCGGUGUCUGCUGCACCCAGUGGACCGUGCACUGUACUUCCUGGACCUGGCAGGGCAGCCUCUUGAGGAAGGCAAGAUUGACUUGGACUCGGAGUUUUUGAUGGCAAUAAUGGAGGUGAAUGAAGAGCUUGCUGAGGCCACGGACAAAGAGACGGUUCAGUCAAUUGGUCGACGUAACACUGAGAUUCUGAAUGGCUUACUGAGUGAAGCAGAUGCUGCCUUCUCAUGUAAUGACAUAGAGAAAGCCAGAAAAAUUGUGGCCAAAAUAAAAUAUUACAACAAUAUCUACGAGAAAGUAAAAAGCUUCGAGAGAGAACAUGGCAUUGUUGACUGAAGGCUAGGUGAAUCUUUCCCACGGGUCCUCGGCGUUUUCCAGUGGCGGUCAAUUAUCCAGGACGGGAUGAUUCGCUGCCCGCUGCUCGCCAGUCAGCCGUCAGACCUUCGCGCCUCAGUUCAGUCCGCUCACACCACUGCCCGCCGCUG